UUCUCCCCCAUCUUCCUCGUCCUCUUCCGAUAGCUUGUCGCCUGGAACUGGCCCAUCAAUUGUCGUAAACUUCUACAGCAUGCUGGAAAAGAAAAGUGGCAAGGGCAAAGGCAAGUGUCAACACUUCUACAACAAAACCAUUUCACACUUGGCGGAUCGCACUUCCAAACGUUCUCGGGAGAGCGGUCGGAUGCGGCUUUGGGGUACCCUAAUGCCUCUCCAGAAACUUCCUCGACUAUGGGCAAGAAGAAGAAUGAAAAGAAGGAUGCUGGUUCUAGUAAAAAAAAAGGCAUUCCCAGUCUUUUUUGUACAGGCUUGGGCGAUAUGGUGCAACAAACUAGCGGAGGAGGUAAAGGCAAAGUCAAAUGCAAGCUUUCUCGUGGUCCCUUGCUUCAUACCGUAAUCGUCACUGCGCAAGAAGAGGUCAUCACCUGGCAUCAUCAGGCUUUUCUCUACGACGACAAAGUCAAGAUCGGAACGACGACAAAGUCAAGAUCGGAAAAAUUCCUACUCCUGUUCUGCCUCCGUUGCCAGAUCAGGCCUCAGCAGCUUCUUCUAAGGCCCUUUCAUAGUGUUUAGUUCUUCCUCUAUGAUAGUCGAGAUGACGAUGGGGAUGAGACUGGUCAUCUGUCUUCGAAAUUAUAGCGAACUUUCUUCUAAUGCUUCAUCUUUAAUUCAUCAUCUUCGACGAAUCCUUUUCCACAGACAGAUGUUGGCCCCCUCGUAAUUGUCAUUGAUGCGGCAAAUGUUGCGAGACAUAGUGCCGUUCCAGCAACGAGUCCAGCAAGUAGUGCAGCCCCAUCUUCAACCCCUGAAGAGCUCCCUCCGUCGGAUCCUAAGUUUUAAGGCUCCUCAGACAGUUUCUCCAACUUGAGAGGCAUCUUGGCUAAGCCGCGUAAUUCAUCUUAUAAGAAGUAUGAUCCUGCUGCUGACAAUGAUUUUCAUUGUCUAAGACCCAUCAUUCAUCUUGCAUUAGGUAGAUGUAAACUAAAGUAAAGAUGUAACAGCUCUAAGAAAAGCUUCGACAGGUGGUGCAGUUUUUGCAGGAGUUGGUGGUCACGAAUUAUGCGGCGAAUCGCUUCCUUUUGACGAGCACAGCUUGGAUUGUUGUCGGUAAGGCGCAGGUCAUUUUCAUUAGCAGCUAUCGUUCUUGAUCAAGAAUGAUUGAUGCGACGAACAGUAUACAGAGAACACUUCAUUCAAGAAGAGAUAGCACUUGGUAACAUCAACAAUCGACAGUGGAGAGAAUACGAAUGGAGUUAAGACGGGUGGCAUUUGCUGCAAGUUGACCUAUUUGUCGUCAUUAAAAGCAUAUCGAUCUUCUCUGACCUCUUUAGUUCAAGGGCAGAAGGAUCGACAAAUUUGUGAGAUCUAAGAUAGGUCAACCGAAAGCACCCCUAAUCCAGUAUGGUUUUCAUCCUGGCACGGGCAACGAG